AUGGACAUACUGGCGCUACUCAAUUCCAGCAUCAAUUUUAUACUCUACUGCUCGAUGAGCCGCCAAUUCCGCACAACAUUCACCAAACUCUUCCGACCCAAGUUCCUGGACAAGUGGCUGCCUGUGGCACAAGACGAUGACGGCGGCGGCGGCGGCAUUGGCACAAACGGCCGGCUGCGCGGCGAGCUGGCCAGCAAAUCGCAUGCCAUUGAACAGCAGUGUCUGACAACGCAGGUGACGAAUGUGUAG